AUGAUUGGCAAAUCAAAACCGCCUCAUGGAGCACGAAAUUCUAGUGAUGUUGUUGCUGUCUCUAAUUUUAAAAAGAAGGUGGGGCCCCCUAAUGCCUUCAAUUUCGUUGCUGGUAGCUCCAGCCAUGCAGCUGGAAAAGUCCAAGCAAUUAAAAAUAAUAAAAGGUCCAGAAUGGUGGGCCCAGAUGAUUCUCAACAUUUAGCCAUUCAGGAUUCUUCCACUCAAGAGGUGUUGCUAAGGGAGCAAUCAAGUAUGAUUAAUGAUGACUUAAAUGUCAAUGAUUCACUACGUAAAAUUGGUGCACAUGUGCAUGCCCUGGUAGGAGUCUAUGCUUGGACUUGCUCGGCUGUCUAUGCGAGCCCAACAGUGGUGAAUAGGGAUUCUCUCUGGGACCACCUCUCUAUUCUUCGUACUCAGAUUACCAAACCUUGGCUUGCGGUUGGUGAUUUUAACGAAAUUCUUUACCCUUCUGAGGUUAGAGGGGGUGCAUUCCUCCCUGGGCGAGCGCUUCGGUUUGCCUCCGUGUUGGACAAUUGUGAUUUGUUAGACCUUGAAGCCAAAGGGGGCCUCUUUACGUGGCACCGGAAAGAAAGAGGUAUCCUUCGUAUUUCUAAGAAGUUGGAUCGGGCUUUAGCUGAUAGUGAGUGGCGGUUGUCUUUCCCUGAAGCCUUUGUAGAAGUCCAAACUAGAAUGCACUCGGACCAUAACCCCAUCCUAGUAAGGUUCAAUGCACCAGAGGAGCGGACCAGAGACCGACCCUUUCGUUAUCUUGCUGCUUGGUCGAAUCAUGAUGAGUAUAGGAGUGUGGUUUCUAAUGCGUGGCGUGGAUCAGGAGGUAACCUUCAUGAGAAAAUCCAUCGGGUGCAGACUGAUUCCAUGUCCUUCAAUAAGCAUACUUUUGGUAAUGUGUUUCAACGGAAAAGGCACGUGGAAGGAAGACUUCGUGGUGUCCAACGUGAUCUUGACACUAGGGUGACUUCCAGUAUGGUUCAACUUGAGGAGCAGCUGCAAUUGGAAUACAGGGGUAUCCUUAGGAAUGAGGAGCUUCUAUGGUUCCAAAAAUCCCGGGAACAAUGGGUCAGGUUUGGUGAUCGCAACACAGCUUUCUUCCACACUCAAACCAUUAUCCGUCGGAAGCGCAAUAAAAUCCAUAGGUUGCAAUUGGGAGAUGGUUCUUGGAGCUCUGAUGAAGGGACACUAAGGAGUGAGGCCGAAAUUUUUUUCAAAAAUUUGUUUUGCACUGCUCCUGAUAUAUCUAAUGCUCAUUUUCAGGUUGAGAAUCUCCCAACAAUCCCGCACGAUUGCACAAAGGAUCUUUUGGAGCCGGUUUCCAAGGCAGAGGUCAAGAGGGCCCUUAUGUCCAUGAAAUCCUUCAAGGCCCCAGGCCCCGAUGGCUUCCAACCAGUGUUCUUCAAAAAAUAUUGGGACAUUGUUGGGGAGGAUAUUUGGAGGGUUGUGAGGGAUGCCUUUGUGACUGGCUCUAUUGACCCUGCUCUCGCUGAGACCUUGAUCGUUCUUAUCCCCAAGGUGGAUGUGCCGACUCAGAUGAAGGAUUUAAGGCCUAUAAGCCUUUGUAAUGUGGUGUACAAGAUCAUUACCAAGGUGUUGGUGUCUCGCAUUCGUCCUUAUCUGGAUCAAAUCAUUGGGCCGCUUCAGUCUAGUUUCAUCCCGGGUAGGGGUACAACCGACAAUGCUAUUUUGGCCCAGGAAGUUAUUCACUACCUUGCUCACUCCAUGGCUAAGAAGGGUUCCAUGGCUUUUAAGAUAGACUUAGAAAAAGCCUAUGAUAAGCUAUCUUGGGAGUUUUUGGAAGGUACUAUUAAGGACUUUGGCUUUCCUGAAGUUACUUGCCACUUGAUUAUGAAUUGUGUGACCUCCUCAAAGCUUGAUCUUCUGUGGAAUGGCUCCAAGCUUCCUUGGUUCAACCCGGUUCGUGGCCUCCGGCAGGGUGACCCUAUGUCCCCUUACCUCUUUGUUAUGUGUAUGGAGAAGCUUUCUGUGCGUAUUCAGAAUGCUGUGAGUGCGGGGCUUUGGCAUCCGAUUACUAUGUCUAGAGGGGGCCCUCCUCUUUCUCAUAUUCUUUUUGCAGAUGAUGUCCUCCUCUUCUGCAAGGCGAAAUCAUCCCAAGUGGAGGUGGUUGCGAGUAUCUUGGCUGAUUUUGGUUCAGCUCCUGGCCUUAUUGUCAGUGCGGCAAAAUCCAAAGCUCUUUGUUCUAAAGGUGUGCCCGCUGCGACUCGCCAUGAGAUAGCUCUUGCCUGCCUCAUUCGUGUGGUUAGAAGCUUGGGAAAAUACUUGGGAUUUCCCAUGCCUCGUCAAGAUGGUGGUAUCGGUGUGCGAGACACCUCUUUCGCAAAUACUUCCCUCUUGGGGAAGCUUGUGUGGACCUUGCUGCAAGAUCCUGAGAAACUUUGGGCGCGUGUUCUCUCCCAUAAGUACCUGGGCUCGAAAUCUAUCCUUGAUGUUGUUGCUUCGUCGUCGACGUCAAGCCUCUGGAAAGGCAUCCCGCGUGCUCGCGAUGUCCUCAAGGAGGGUUUCCGGUUCAAACUGGGCAAUGGAACAACCUCAAUCUGGUACCAUAAUUGGAGUGGGCAAGGUUCGCUUGCCACCAGGCUCCCCUUUGUUCAUAUAACUGACACAUCCUUGUCUCUUCGUGAUGUUAUUCGAGAUGGUAGUUGGAAUUUUUCUGGCCUCUAUACUAUCAUACCGCCAGACCUGCAGCAGUCCUUCCAUGCUAUUGUUCCGAGCCUUGAUGCUAGGCUGGUCGACUGUUGGACCUGGAAGCAUGAUCGGAAUGGGGUUUAUACGGCUGCCAGCGCUUAUUCUUGGCUCAUCUCGGAGGCUGCUCAGCCUUCGGUUCCCCCAUUGGUGCCUUGGAAGUUCAUUUGGAAAAUUGAGGCCCCGGAGAAAAUUAGAGUGUUUGUGUGGCUCCUCAUGCACGAUGUUAUCCAAGUGAAUAAUUUCAGGUUUCGCUGCCACUUGGUGUCUUCCCCAGCUUGUACCCGCUGCAACCAUCAUGUUGAAGAUAGUAUUCAUUGUUUGAGAGAUUGCAGGUUCGCUAGGGAGGUUUGGUCCAGGCUUGAUGCUCUCUCUUGGCCUGGUUUUCUUUCUGGGGAUAUUUUAUCUUGGUUCUUGUGUCAAGCGCGCGGUACACAUGCGUCCCUUUUCGCCACAGCAAUCUGGGGGAUUUGGAGGUGGCGUAACAAUGCUCUUUUGGGUGACAAUAGCUGGAGCGCGAUGAGCACAGUUCAGCGGAUCCUCCAUGAUCACCAUGAGCACAUUACCUAUUUGUCAUCUGACCUGUUGAGUUUAACAGGGAGUGUGGCUGUGGCGCGGUGGAGCGUUCCCCCUGCUGGUAGGCUUAAGCUGAAUACAGAUGGAGCAUUCGAUCAUGUUGGCACGAGAUCGGGAAUGGGGGGCCUCGUGAGGGAUGCUUCUGGUUAUUGGGUGUGCGGGUUUUAUGCGGGUGCGACUAGUGCAAACCCUCUUCUGGCAGAAAUUGAGGCUCUGAAGCUGGGAUUGAAUAUGUUAUGGGAUGCAAAUUUGAGAUGUGUUGAUUGUGAAGUGGACUGCCUUGAUAUUGUCCAGGCUUUAGCUAAUAACACUUAUCAAUUCCAUGUUCAGGCCUCCAACUUGCUAGAAUUAAAGCUGCUCUUGGAUCGUGAUUGGGAUGUGGAGCUCAGGCAUAUCUCUCGAGAUGCAAAUGACGCUGCGGAUUGUCUUGCCGGGUUGGGUAGUCGUCUUCAAUGCUCUUAUACCUAUCUUGAGGUUCCUCCUCACGAGCUUUGUCCCAUCUUGGCUAGGGACUUGUUAGCCUUGUAG